AUGAUGAUGUUGCAACAAGGUUGUAUUAUUCUUUUUGUAACAAUUUUUCUCACUGGAAAUGUUCAAGGGCAAUUUCGUAGUCUAGUCUAUCCCGACGGAGAAACAACUAUUCUUCGAUCAAAUGAUGAUCCCGGCGAACCAUUAUUUCUUACGCCUUAUCUUGAACAAGGCCAAAUUGAAAAAGCAAGGCAAUUAAGUUCGGUAGAAUUGCCACCCUAUAAACAACAAUCAUUUUCUGGUUAUUUAACUGUCAAUAAAACAUACAAUUCCAAUAUGUUCUUUUGGUUUUUUCCUACACAAAAUGGUGAUAAAAAUGCUCCUGUUCUUUUGUGGCUUCAAGGUGGUCCUGGUGCAACAUCACUUUUUGGUCUAUUUACUGAGCAUGGUCCUAUACAAGUUAAUGACGAUGGAAGUCUAUCGGAACGACCUAUUACAUGGAAUUCAUUGUAUAGUCUUUUAUAUAUUGAUAAUCCCGUUGGUACAGGCUACAGUUUUGCAUCCAACGACCAAGGUUAUGCUCGAACUGAAGAUGAUGUUGCUCGUGAUCUCUAUUCCGCAUUGACACAAUUCUUUCAAAUCUACACUGAUUAUGCAUCGAAUCCAUUUUAUAUCACUGGUGAAAGUUAUGCUGGAAAAUAUGUACCAUCUAUAGGACAUAAAAUUCAUGUUGAAAAUCAAGAUCCACAAGUUAAAGUUAAAAUUAAUUUAGUAGGUCUUUCAAUGGGAAAUGGUUGGACUGAUCCAAUGAGACAAUAUACAUAUGGACCAUUACUUUAUCAGAUCGGUCUGAUUGAUGAAAAUCAAUUAUUCUAUAUUGACCUUCAAUCAAAAUUAGUUCGCUAUGCUAUUAGUCAACAACGUUAUACGGACGCAUUUACUAUAUCAGAUUUACUUAUCGAUGGCGAUCUUAUUAAUACAACAUCGUAUUUUAGAAAUGUUACAGGUUUACGUGCUUAUUAUAAUUAUUUACAAACUGACGAGUCUCCAUCGCUAUCAAAUUAUGUUAAAUUUAUUACAAGUGUUGAUCGUCGUCGGCAAAUUCAUGUAGGAAAUUUAACAUUUAAUCAAGAUAAUAAAGUUGAAUUAAUGCUUAUAAAUGAUGUUUUUCAAAGUAUACCAUCGCAACAAUUAACAACACUUUUUGAUAAUUAUAAAAUUCUUAUUUACAAUGGUCUAUUGGACAUUAUCUGUGCUGAAGCUUUAACAUUAAAUUGGGUUGCUGAUCUACAAUGGUCUCAUUCGGAUGAUUAUAAAACGGCAACUCGACAGGUGUGGAAAGUAGAUCCAACCGAUGAUCAAGUUGCUGGUUAUAUUAAAAUAGUGAAUAAUUUUAUCUUAGCUAGUAUCCGUAAUGCUGGACAUUUAGUACCAGGUGAUCAACCACGAGCUAUGUUAGACUUAUUAAAACGUUUCAUUACACUUACUUUUGUUAAAUGA